UAUAAGCUUCAUUUAUCUACGCCGUGUCUUGAGAGGAGGAUAGAAAUACAAGAGUGCAUGAUAUAAUAAUCUGUUAACGAAAUCAUGAAAAGGGGCGGGAAAGGCGUUUUCGCCAGGCAGACGUCGGAGAAAAAGAACCGAAAACAUUCUGGCGCAGACCCCUGGUGCCUCGUAUGCGGGGUCAACCUCAGGGUGGAUGGCCGUAGUUUCCUCUUGCUUACUGAAGAUAAUGCCGCAGACAUGCGCAAGCUUUUUGCGAAGAUCCUGAAUGUUGAAGUACGCGAUACCUACGCGUCUGUGAAUCUCUGCAACAAGUGCGAAAGAGCGCUGAACAGGAUCAGUCGCUACGAUGGCACAGAGUCCGCCAAGAAGGAAGCCAAGGGCCUGAGACUGUCCUUACAGAAGAACCUAAAGGAACAUGGUCAGAAAAUAGUAGAUGCUGAUGUCCCUGAGCAUGAGGAUGCGGCCAAGAACGGGGACGUUGAGAACGAUGUCUUUGUUGAAAACGAAAGCCCUUUGAUAGAAAACGAAGUGAAGAGUAACACCAAGUCCGAGGUUGAAGCUAACCAAGAACAAGGGACUGACCCUGACCUUGACCAGGGCCAAGAGCCUGUUGUCAGCCCAGAACAAGACAAGGAAAAUAUCCAUCCAAAUAAGAUGCCAAUCAAAGAUUUCUUUAAAACUACUCGAAAAAAGAAAGAGAAAAAGGAGAAAAAGGAGAAGAAAAAGAAAGAGAAAGAAUUACAAAAAGCCGCCGACGAAAAUGCAACAGCAGAUGGAAACACCGACCAACAGGAGUCAAAAGAACAAGGACCUGGCGUAAAACCCGGAACACUGGCAGCGUUGGCCCAAACUGUCCCGAAGUUACCAGAUCCGCCUCGGAAUUGGGACUCGGACCCGGACCCGGACCCAGACGCGGAACAGAAUGUGGUUGAUGGCGGCGAGACUUAUGUACCUCCCGAGACAGUAAUUGAAGACAUCAUUAACGUGACGGAGGAGACCCAGGAUGAGAAGGAAAAGACCGAAGGAGAAAAACCUACAGAUCCCGAAGGACCCGAGGUUAAGCCAAUGGAAAUCGCUGAACCGGUGAAGAAAUCGGAAAAGUCUCCUCUCAUCAAGGAAAGCAAGCUCAAAGACACCGGCCCUGGCUUCCUCUGCUGUACCAUCCUGUAACCACUCAGCUCGGCUGUACCACCUCGUAACCAAUCGGAUCUGAUUACUACCUUUUAACCAAUCAGCUGGGUUGUACCAACUUACAAACAAAAAUCAGUUUUAUUGUACCAAGCUAUAACAAAUCAGUUGUAUUGUAUCAAACUAUAACAAAUCAGUUUUGUUGUACCAAACUAUAACAAAUCUAGUUUUAUUGUACCAAACUAUAACAAAUCAGUUAUGUUGUACCAACUUAUAAAAAAAAUGAACUCUCUUGUAUUAUCCUGUAACAAGCCAUGUCUGGUGUAUCUCCUUGUUCGGUUAUACCAGCCUUUAAUCAAGCAGCUUUGUUGUACCAACCGUUAACCAGUCCUAUUUACAAUACCACUAUGUAACCACACAGAACUAGGCCCCCUGCUGAACCAUUCUGUAGCCAGUCAGAGUUGAUGUAACCAACCAGUUCUGUUGACCAAUCAUAUUUUAGGUUCUAUCUUUUAACCAAUCAGAUCUGCUUUUCCAUCUUAUGAUUAAAUAAAUAUGCAACAUCAUUUUUGAUUAAUCAGAUCUGCUGUACUAUUUUUAACCAAUCCGACUUUCUCUAACAUGGUAUAGCUGUUUUUCUACAGCAGGUUAUAGUGUAAUAAGACCGCCAUGGUUAUUAACGAGCUUCAUUUGAGUUGAUUUUGUAGCCUGCUUUUAAAACUGAUAAUUUCAUUUUGUAUUAACAUGCAGUUAGUCCAUUAGCAUUGUUUUAAUUUCUAAACCAAACUCACGAAUUUUACCUCUUUUUUUUUACUUCAUAACAGUGUAUUUGUUUAACUGUCCCCACCAAUACAGUACAAUCAUGUGUUAUUUAAUACAUGGAUAUAUUACCAAUGGUAAAUCCUUGUUUUUCGCAGAACCCUUGGCAUAAUUUAGACUUAAUAUUUACGUUUGAUAUGUUCUAAUUCUUAUUAAACAUGUGUCACAUUUGUGGAAUUUGACUUGACAGUUUCAACUUUGGGAAUAUAGUUAUUUCACCCUUUGGUGUUUUCACGUUACCUUUCAAAACAUUCAAGUAGUAAUCAUGGUUCAAGCUGUCGCUCGCCAAAUUGUCAAAUGUGAAUUAAAGUUGAAUUGGUAGAUAUAUAUUUUUUUAUUAAAUCGCAAAAAAAAAAAGUUACAUGUACUUGCAAAUCAAAUAAAUACAAGUACUAGUGUUCAAAGAGCCUUAAUUUAGAUUGGCUGCUAAAACGUGAGUAUGGCUACACAUUUUCUAACAAAUUUCUAAGUUUUGGCAAUCUGAUUAAAAUUAGCUCUACUGGUCUCACCAGUAGAUCUAACAGCAUUGCGUGGACUCCCAUGUCCAGGUGACAUUUCAUCUAUAAAUAGCAAUUUAAAUAUCGAACAAUUACACUUCGC